AUGCAUAUCCCACAUGGUGAUCCGUUACUUGUGCAUUUGAUGAUGUUGCACGAAGUAAGGUCUCAAGAAGUAUUUGAAAUGGGGAGGUUUCUUUUUGAUAUACAAGGGACGCAUUUGGAUUUUGGUAAAACGGAAUAUAUUCUCAUUUGUGGUUUAAAAGUUGGUCCUUAUGUGGAUUUACUCCACGAUGAAAAAGGCCGGUCAAAUUCAAGUCAUCAUGCUCAGUUGUUCCCAUACAUUUCUGAUGUGCGUAUACGGUUGAAAGAUUUGGAAGACUUCCUUAUGUCUCCAAAAUAUUUGGCAGUUCAAGAUGAAGAUGUUGUGAUGCUUAUCCAGCUUGUUUUUGUGUUGAAGGGAAUCCACGGACGGGACGUUAAAACGUGCAUUCCCGCUGCAAUAUACAAUCUUGCUGAUAAUAGAGAUGAUUGGAACAGAUUUGCAUGGGGUACGUAUUUUUGGAGGUAUACUUCGCGGAUGAUGUGUGGAAUGUUUAAGAAAUUAGAAUUUAGACAAUUCAAGGAGGCCAAUCCCGAAUCUAAGAAAAUACACAAGUAUACCGUUCCUGGUUUUAUGCUGCCGUUUAAGCCUAACAACGAACCUAUUCCAGUCGUGGCAAACGGGACGGAGUUGAUGUUGUUGUUUUAUCUUCGCUACGUCAAUUAG